AUGCCGGCACACCACCUGCUCGAGCCAUCGUCCUCCAUGAAGGAGAACCGGCCUCAACUGAAGGGACCCAGGCCAAUUGGAUCUAGUGUUUCAGACUCGAUCUCGCUCUCCUCCCCGGUAGCAUGUACCUCCCCACGAGAGGACGUGCUUGGCCCUCCGAUGCCCAGCAACGUGUGCGCAUUGCCCGAGGAGCACCGAUGCUGCUUACUGGGCAAGGUGCCUGGACUCAGAGCUCGGCGACGGAAAGCUAUGCUGAUAUAUGUCUGCGCUGCCGAUUCUCAAGAUUGUUGUGCGGAGAAAGGCGCGUUGCAGUGCGGUGCGGCGGCGAGGUUGCGCGUCCGCGCGCGUCGCCGCGGCUGGCGGGUGCACGUGGCCGACCUGCACUGGCGCUCCCCCCUCGAACAGCAGCGCGAUCAUCGGUUCCCCGUGCUCUGUAUUGCUGAGCUGGCUCGUCAAUCGGAAUUGGGUGCGGUGGUACCAGUGUUGUUCCUCAACUCUGGGCUGGGAACUCCUCUUCUCCCUCACACGUUGGAGUGCGCGGACUUCAAGGCUGCGCUGGACACCGCGGAAGACGAGAGCGAUAAAGCCCUUUUGAAUAAAUGGUACGUAUUGGACGCGAGUACAACGCCGCCAUGCUACCGCCUAGUUCGCGGCGCGCCCGCCCGCUGGCGCCGCGAGAUGGCGCGCGCGCUCAACGUGCUCGUGCGCACACUGCCGCAGGAGGCCUGCGACGCUUACCUCACUACUGUUGUCGAACAGGAGGUACAGCAUACAGUACUUAUGAGCGUGGAGGCGGCGCGGCGUUGUGUGUGGGUGUGUCGUGCCGGGGGCGCAGGGGGCGCUGGGGGCGCGGGGGGCGCGCCGCACGAGCCUGCCGACACUAGCGACCUCGCGCACCAUCACGAGCUGCAGCGAAGACUCAAUAACUUGCAGAAGGACCUUAAGCAACAUCUAAGCGAGCGCAAUAUAAUCCGCGCGACGAUGCGCGGCCGCGGCGGGGCGGACGACGACUACACGACCGGCGUCAGCGCCGCGCUCGGAGACAGGCUCGACGCCCUGCUCGACGCCCUCGUCACUGACCACGACCUGCCCGCAGGGUACAACGGGAUACCCACCAGUUUGUUCGACGAAGUGAACGAGCACCUGGCGUUCUGCCAGAAGGCGGCGCAGUGCACCUCCAACAGGGAGAUCACGCUCAACGAACUUAAAACGUACAUUACGGGUGACAGUACGGUGCCGCUAGCGCUGAUAGGUGGCGCUGGGUGCGGUAAGGCGACUCUAGUCGCCCGCGCCGUCACUCAAGCGCAUACUUACCAACCCGACCUGGCAGUUAUCGUACGGUUCGUGGGUCUGACGCCGCAGUCGAGCAGUUCCCACAUGUUGCUGAAGUCGAUCGUGGACCAAUGCCACGUGUUGCUCACUGGCACCGUCUACCGGGGGCGGAACGACGUAUGGUCGCUGUCGGCGGCGCUGCCGGGCCUGCUGGGCGGGGUGGGGAGGUCGCGGGGCGCGCUGCUGUGCGUGGUGGGGGCGGACGCGCUGCGCGCCGCGCGCUGGCUGCCCGAGCGACUGCCGCAUAAUGUCAAGAUGAUUGUCACCGUCACUGAGGAAAAAGACGAGCCAUCCAGCUCGGCGAUAAUGGCAGUCCUCUCAUCAGAAGAUGGGCCCAAAGUGGUGCGGGCCCCGCCGGUGGGGCCCGAAGAGGCCAAAGCGGUGCUCACUGCCUGUGCCGCUACAUAUAGCAAGACUGGGGCCGCCUCGCCACCUGAGGCCGCUGUGAAAGCGGUGCAAAAGUGCACCCUGCCACUUUAUGCUAAGAUCCUAGCAUGGCAGAUCUCGUUAUCAGCAGAAACGUUUACUGAACUAUCGGAACCAGAGACGACUCCAGAGCUGGUCAUCUGUGAGGACUUGGAAGGCCAGCUGAUACAGAUCCUCAUCACCACGGAGGCUGCGCUUGGAGCUGAACGAGUGAAGACCUGUUUGGCUCUGCUGACUGCUUCUAGGAGGGGGCUGGAUGAUACUGAGAUCCUUGAUAUACUAGCUCAUGAUGAUCUCUUCAGGAGUGAGGAGACUUAUUUACCAUGGGCCCCGGCCUCGCUGGUAUGGCCGCAGCUAGCGGCGCUGCUGUCCCCGUGGCUGCGCUGGGACGCGCGGGGGGCGGCGCGCUGGAGGGACGCCGCCCUCGCCGGCGCCGCGGCCGACCGGUACCUCGCAGACUGCGAAACUGCCGUGCGACGCACGCUUAUUGAUUAUUAUGAGGGUAAAUGGUAUACGGAAAAUGACCCCAAGAUGGCGGGCCGUCUGGUGUCACAGGAGAACAAAUUCUCGGAGGAAUACUACAAUACAAGAAAACUAGACGAGUUACCAUUCCAACACUAUCACAUUUACAAAGACGACCCUACCACGUUCGCGAACCAGCCAUACUUCACACAACUCGAUUGGGUUCACGAUAAACUCGCAGCGACAGACUGCUGCCAUUUCCUCGAAGACAUAGCUCUAGUCCACAUCGACCCCCUACCAGAACACAUCGAAAUCCUCAAAGACGUUUUCGAAACCCACUCUUACGCAUUGGACUAUGACCAUCGCCAGUUCUACGGGCUACUCCGAAUGACUAUGGAGAAACGACAACGCAAUGGACAUCAAAUCAAAAGUAAAAUCGUUCAAGAUUGGAUGAAGGAGAUUCAAGAACCUCCCGUACCAACGUUGUACCCCGAAAAUGUCGACUUUUGGAAGAUUAUGGAGUGUAAGGAAAAGCGGGACUUUUCUAUGCACGAUGGGUUUGAUACUAAGACUUACGACUUGAUAGUGAGAUUCGAUAGUAGGGGUAAAUAUGUUGCUACGAUUUCGACGGAGAGAGAGGAGAUCUGCGUUUGGGAUGUUGUGAAAUGUCAGCUAGUAAGGAAGAUGGUGGGUGUGACACACCCAAUAAACUUGGUGCCAAUAGACGAGUACAAGUGCGUGGUGCUAUGUCGCAGGGAGCUCAGAGUUUACAACUUGGAUCAGGGUACAUUCCUGGUUGCCCUGAAGGGUGUAAUGAACCAAAAGAUGCCAUACUAUGGCCUGCACGACCCGACACACCUCGUCGCGCUCUCCCGGAACAGGAUGUACGUCAACCUGAUGAAUAUUGAAACUGGUGACUGUGUGACGACGUUCAAGGCUGGAGAAGACCGGUUCCUGAACUCACUUCUUGUCUCUGGAGAUGGAAGGGUGCUAGUAUGUGGUGACGAGACUCAGAAACCAUUCCCUCUGCUAGUCUGGUCGCUCACGUCUCGAAAACUGCUGUACGACCUGAGGAUACCGCACCACGACUUCGUCACUUCCAAAGCUGCUAUUACUUAUGAAGGUUCCUACGUGUGUGUAGUAUCCCGCGAGCUAGAUGAGCCGAGCCCCAACUUCAUAGUGGUGUACGACCUUCAGUCGGGCACGUUGUUCAAGAAGUGGAAGCCAGGCUGUGACACCGUGGCGCUUGCCAUCAGCUCCAUAGAUGGUUGUGUGGUCUCCGGACUUGCUGAUACCAGGAUACUUGUGUGGGAUCUUGUUACAGGCAACUGUCGGCUAACGCUGCGCGGACACGUGGCAGCGCCAUCUAUGUUACGUCUGGCGAAGUCGGGCGGAGUGCUUAUGUCAACUGAUGAUACGUGCAAAGAUCUCUCCGUCAGGCUGUGGGAUCUGCACACUGGAAAACUGAUAGCAGUAUACACGCCACCAGAGCGAAUAACAUCCUGUGAGGUUUUACUCGGCGGCUCGGUCUUGGCCCUAGCGUUAGAAAACUACAAAGAAGUCUUAUGCGUCAAACUCUAUGGUCCCACUGUAGAAUCUGUGCAAAAUGGCAAGGAGGCGGAACUUGACGAUCGGGAAUAUGGCGACCAGAAUUUGGAAGGGCGGACUUUUGAUGUGAAAGGAUUGGAAAACUCAUAGCAGGUCUCAUGGUAAGGUUAUAAUGGUCAGGUUUGUUAUUGAUUGUGAAAGCCACUGCGUUUAUUG